CGAUGGAGAAGAUAAAACCUGACUAAUCGUAUAUAUCCUCUUCGUCCUCCAUCUGGCUGUCCUCUCCAUCUUCACCGUCAUCUCCCUCGUCAUCUUCCUCCUCCUCGUCGCUCUCUUCGGACCACCAAAGCGGAAGAGAGUCAUAAAGUUUGCCAUCAUUGUUGUCAAGCACCCACUUGCCAUCCGGAGACAUCCAAGCAAGUGCUCCAUUCGUCUCGUCAACAGAUCUGUAACAACCUGACGGAUGUUGUGGGGCCAAUUUAUCGUCAGCUCUUCUCCAAAGUGGUUCUCCAUUGAAAAAGCGCCAUUUAGGGGCCCUCAAUUCAUGUGGGGUUCUGUUCGGGGCCGACGUUCCUUUUAUACUCAGACCCUGCGGUGCAAGAGGACAGUACAGGUUGGUUGGUCAGGCUUAUGUGAACGGCGCCAUGCAUGGAGAGAUUGCUGAGAAAUGGGAGGAGGGCGAUGUAAUUUGUGAAAAGGAGGACAUCUGCUUGAUAUGACCGUCUUGAUAUGGAAAACCGGUAUUUGAAUACGAAACAAAAAUGGAAUAUUCGACACUGUUUUCUGGUGCCGUUGGGACUGGGAAGCUAGUAUGAUAUAUAAGCUGUCCUGCUCUACACCAAGUAUCUAAUUCGCGUUGAGGUUACUGUGGCUUAUGUAGAAGCGGAAUACAAUAUCCUUGGUGACGCCUCGGACACAUAUAGUCCGGGGCCGGCCUGGACAGCAACGGUAAUCAAGGUAUCGCAGACACCUGUGGUCCUGUACUGUUGUCCACAUGUGAUCUGCAGGUAUCCGAUGGC